AUGGUCCAGUAUGGCCGUGUCCUCCUCCUCCGCGCCAUCCCAGAAUGGCGCGAGUCGUACCUCGGCUACGAGCGCCUCAAGCGGCUGCUUGAGCGGCUCCCAAAUGCGCAGUCCUCCGGCUCCUUCUCGCCGAUGGAGUCAAUGACGAGUAACUUCCGCUCGUCGGACGAUCUCGGCGCGCCACUGCUGCCGGGUCCGUACGCUGAGGUCGAGUCAAUAUUCUUCGCCUACCUCAACGAGGACCUGAAGCGGAUGAACGAGCUCGCCGAGCCCGAGACCGCUUCACUUGAGAAGAGCGUCGCUCUCGCGACCGCAGGCGAACAGCGCAGGUCGAUGCCGGACGUGGCCGUCGGCCACCGGGCGUCCAUGGGAGUCCUCUCCUUUGACGAAGUUGCCGCGCUCUACUGCCGGCUCGGCAAGCUCCGCUCCUUCCUCUCGCUCAACACGACCGCCGUGCGAAAAAUCGUGAAGAAGUACGACAAGUCGAUGCCACCUGGAACGACGAAGCAGCUGCCGCUUGUGAUGAAGCGGAUCAAGGCGGAGCCCUUCACCGCGUGCCAGGCCCGUGUCGACGACAUGGUGAAGGAAAUCGAGAACUUAUUGCCCGACAGAGUGCCACAGCUGCGUCAGAUGGCGAAAGAUUCGCUCAAACACGCGAGCGGUACGGUCGGUCACCACACCUACAAGCUCGUCCCCCUCUUUGGCUCGCUCGGCGUCGGCCUCGUCGUCGCCUUCUUCCCGCUCGAGGCCUUCCAUGACAAACCCGAGCCGCAGCGAUGCCUCGGCGUUCUGCUUGCGAUAGUCGGCCUCUGGCUCUCUGAGGCGAUCCCCUUCUUCGCGACCGCGUUGCUCGUGCCCGUCCUCGUCGUCACGUGGGGCGCCAUGCCGCCCAAGAUGGUCAACGGCGAGCUCGAGACGCCCGCACUGAUCGCCAAGCGCGAGUUGCCCUCCGACUCGCGCUUCUCGCGCGCUCUGCUGCUCGGCCUCGCCUUCUCCUGCAACCUUGGCGGAAUGAUCACGCCGAUCGCUUCGCCGCAGAACGCGAUCGCGCUCGUCUCGCUGCAGCAGUUUGUCGGCAUCGACGUCUCUUUUUUGCAGUGGAUGCUGGUCGCAGGGCCGAUUGCGAUCUUUGGGACGGCGGGCAUCUGGCUGAUGCUCCUCCUCCUCGUGCGGCCCGACGACUGCGCCGCGCUGCCCAAGGUCGUCUUCUCCGAGGCGCCGCUCACGCGGAAGAAGAAGCUCGCCCUCGCCGCAGUCGCGGUGGCGGUCACCCUCUGGGCCUUCCUCUCCGCCCCACCUCUCAAGGCCACGUUUGGGGACCCCGCCAUCGUCGGUGUCGCCCUCGACGAUUACAACUCAAUGCCGUGGCACCUGCUCACGCUGAUCGCGGGCGGCAACGCGCUCGGCCUCGCCGAGUCGGGCUUGCUGCAGCUCAUCGCGGACCACGCCUUCCACGUGCUCGGCACGGACACGCCCCACUACCUGCUCACCAACAUCCUCGUCGGCGGCAUCCUCCUUGUCGGCAACUUCGUCUCGCAUACCGUCGCCGCCAUCAUUGUCUUGCCCCUCGUUGCCACCAUCGGCGUGCAUGCAGGCCAGCCCGCACCGCUCGUCUUUUGCUGCGCGCUCGCCUGCUCGGCCGCGAUGGCGCUGCCCGUCUCCUCCUUCCCCAACCUCAACUCGCUCACCGCGGAGGACGACCUCGGCAACGCCUACCUAUCCGCCGCCCACUUCCUCGCCAUGGGCAUCCCCGCCACCGCGCUCGCCGGGCUACUCGUCGCCACACUCGGCUACGUGCUGAGCAUGGGGGUGCUUGGGUGCCCGGCCUCGCGCGUGCGGGACGAGGCGGUGGAGGCCGCACGCUUCACAGCUGUGCCGCUCGCGGUCACGCCCGAGUACGGCCUCGUCGUCCUCGUCGGCGUCGCCAUGUUCCUGCUGCAGCAGAUUGUGCUCGUGCUCCCCGUCGUGAAGCAGCGAAUCAGCACCGGGAUCAAGGCGCCGACGCUCUACCCGCGCGACGGGCAGAUCAAGGAGCUGAAGCUGGCGCCGUACCAGGUGGAGAACUACAUGCGCGCGCAGCGGGCGCACCAGAACAACGUCGAGUUCACCUCCGUCUUCAUGGCGCUGUUCCUCGUCACCGGUCUCUUUCCCGAAGUGACGCUGCACGUCGCGCUCGCCGGCGCGGCGGCGGCGGCGGCCGCGUCACGCUGCUCAGCACCUUUUCGGAAGCCUCCGGCGUACGCCCUCGCCACGCCCGCGCUGCCCGGCCUGCUCGCCGCCUGCUCCUCGGCCGUCGCCGCGAUGCGGGAGGCUGCCCCAAAGGAUUUGGACGAGGUCAAGGCGGGCGCCGCCUUCGCGUACGCCACUGCCCUCGACUCGCUCAAGACUUUCCAGGCGAGUGCCAGCCUCUCAGGGGAAGGCCUCUCUCUCUCUCUCGCAUGA